AUGUGUUCACUUCCUGAGGAUGAAAUUCUUCAUGUUAUUAACAAGGCCAGUGAAGUAGGAUGUUGUAUCCGAUGUGGUUUAUGUUAUUUGGAUUUAUUCAAGAUGAAUAUUGCCAUGUAUUCAAAGAAUGAAAAGGAACUUGUUGAAACUCUUCUUCCUAAUCAUCAUCAACAAGUUUGUUUACUUUCAUCAUCGAGAUGUAAGAUUUGUUUUGGUGCUUUUCAAGAUGAAUAUCUUCACGGAAGACUUCCUAAUGAAAUGGAAAAAGUUUAUCAUGAAUAUGAUAUUGAAUAUUUGAGCGAAUUCCAUGUUUCAUUAACAUUUUCAAAUCAUUUUCAUAUUAGAGAACAUUGUUUUAAAUAUUUACUUGCAAAACAUGUGGAAUCGGAGCAAGUUAAAAAGAUUUUACAAUCUUCACAACCACCUCUUGACAGAAAGAGGCUUUUGAAAACUACACUUUCCGAUAUAUUUGAAAAGUCAAUGAAGGCUAAAGGUCAUGAAUUAAAAGCUAAUCCACAAACUGCACCACUUAUGAUUGAAGUUAAAUUUAAUGAUGAUGUUAUUAUGAAUGCAAAUUCUAAGGAGGAAGUUGUGGAAGAGAAUUUAUCUCCAUUAAAGAAAAAGAGAAAAAAGAACAAGAUUGAUAGAAGAGAAAAUUCAAAUCUUCAAAGUGUUUUGAGAUUAAAAUCUUUGGAAGAACUUGAUACAAUUAUACAGUCAGAAAUACCAGCUGAAUGGAAUAAUGAUUUGAGUGAUUUUUCAUCUGAAACAUCUGUGAAACUUGAUGAAAAAUUUAUCAAAGUGUCUGGUACUCAUUCAGUCAUCUAUAUUUCAGGAUAUUAUAGAAAAUUAGAAAGAGGACUUCCACAAUCUCCGUGGGUAAUGAGAGGUUCAAAGGAGGAUGAACAAAAUACUAGAAGUGUUGAUACAUAUAUUGGAGGACCUUUUAUGGAAUAUACCAAGGCAGACUCUUACAAAUUUGACUCUUCUGGAAGAGAAGAUAAGAACGUGAGAAUGUUGGGUAAUGGUAGACCUUUUGUUUUUGCAAUUCAUAAUCCAAGAAGAAGUCACUUUACACUUGAACAAGUCAAGGAAAUUGAGAACACAAUCAACCAAAGAGCUAAUGGAUCUAUUGAAGUACAUACUAUCCAAGUUCACUUUAAUAAUCUUGUAUGCCAAAAGAUGAAGGAAGGGGCAGAAGAAAAGAGAAAAAAUUACAGAUGUGUUGUUUGGUGCGAAGCUGCGUUGACGAGUGAUACUGAUCCAUCACUCAAGGAGAAAGUUACCAAUUAUCUUGAAUCUAUUAAGGACCUGGAUAUUGGACAAAAGACACCACUCAGAGUACUCCACAGAAGAGCUCUCCACACUAGAAAAAAGAUUAUUCACUCAAUUAAGUGUACAGAAUUUAUCAAUUCUCAUGCUAUGGUUUUGGAUCUUUGUACAAGUGCAGGUACUUAUGUAAAGGAAUUUAUUCAUGGCGAUUUUGGUAGAACUGAACCAUCAUUUGGUACCUUGCUUGCCAAGCUAUUUGAAAGAUCCUUACCUUUUGAUUCUCAAAUUUUGCAACUUGAUGUUAUGGAGAUUGAAAUUUCAUUAUAA